AUGGGCAUCAAAGGUCUGUCAAAACUAUUGGCCGAGCACUCUCCGGGGUGCUCCAUGGAGAGAAAGUUCCAAUCGUACCUGGACCGGAAAAUAGCCAUCGACGCGUCCAUGCACAUCUAUCAGUAUCUGAUGGUUGUCGGUCGCUCUGGGGAGAGUCAGUUAACGGACGAGAACGGACAAGUCACCGCACAUCUCAUCGGUGUCUUGUCUCGCACGUGUCGGAUGCUUGAAGCCGGGAUUAAACCGGUGUACGUGUUUGACGGAAAACCACCGACUUUGAAAGGAGGAGAAUUGGCGAAAAGAAAAGAUAAGAGAGACCAAGCGGAGAAGGAUUUAGAAGUGGCGAGAGAAACGGGCGAUAAAGAUGCGAUUGAGAAGGCGGCAAAACGAACCGUAAGAGUGUCCAAGGAACAAAACCAAGAAGUCAUGCGAUUGGUGAAAUUACUCGGAGUGCCUGUGUUUGAAGCGCCGUGCGAAGCAGAGGCGACGUGUGCGGCUAUGUGCAAAGCUGGUUUAGUGCACGGAGCGGCUACGGAAGAUAUGGAUACGUUAACGUUUGCGUGCCCGCGUUUGAUUCGUAACUUGAUGGCGCCGGCGUCGCAAAAGAAGGACAUCGCGGAGUACGAUUUCGAUAAGGUUCUCAAAGGUUUAGAUUUGGAUUACGACCAAUUUAUCGACUUGUGCAUCCUAUGUGGAUGCGAUUACACGGACUCAAUCCGUGGUAUUGGUCCAGUGACGGCGUUACAGUUGAUUCGCGAAUAUAAAAAUAUCGAAACUAUCCUCGAGAACAUCAAGGAUAAAAAAUACGUCGUCCCAGAAAACUUCAUGUACAAAGAAGCCAGACAAUUAUUCAAAGAACCCGAAGUCAUCGAUACGAACAACUUGGAAUUGAAAUGGUCCAAACCGAACGAAGAAGGCGUUAUUGAGUUCUUGGUCAAAGAGAAAUCGUUCAACGAAGAGCGCGUUCGCAACGCCUUGGCGAGAAUCAAAAAAGCGAAAGCCGGCGUCGCUUCUCAAAAUCGUUUGGAAUCGUUCUUCGGCGCGGCCACGGUCAAGAGUAGCACGAUUGGAAAGAGAAAGGAACUGGAAAAGAAGAAAGGAAGUAAAGGUGUCGUCGGUGGAUUCAAGAAAUCGAAAGGUGUCGGCGGGUUUUCGAAAUCAAAGAAGAACUAA